AUGGAUAAUGGAGCUUAUAUGAGCAACAAUACCAACAAUGGAAAGCAGCAGCAGCAGCAGCAGCAACAAAGGGGUUAUGUAAAAGAAGGAACUUUUUCAAGCAAUGAAUUUCAAUGGCCAGCAAAAAAUUAUGGUUGUAAUUUUUGCAAGAGGGAAUUCAAAUCAGCUCAAGCUCUUGGAGGGCAUAUGAAUGUUCAUAGAAGGGAUAGGGCAAGAAUGAGACUUUUGCCUUCUUGGGUGUCUGAUAAUAAUUAUAAUAAUAAUUAUUAUUCUUGCCCUAACCCUAAUUUUCCUAAUUUCUCACCAUCUUGUUUCAAUUUCAGAUCAUCAUCGAAUAAAAAUUCUUUGUGUUCUUCCUUACAAGAUCAAGACAAGAAAGAAAUUGGAAGUUGUUCAUGGAACAAUAAUUACAAGCCUUCUUCAUUAUUUGUUCCCCACGAUGAUCAAGAACAUGUUGGUGAUGACGCUGAUCAAGUUCUUCAUGUUUUCAAAAAGAAGAAGAAAAGUUUGGUUAAUUUAGAGUUGAAGAUGGGGAGUUUGGGAGAUGCUUCUUCAAAUAAUGAGGAUCUUGAUCUGGAACUGCAUCUUUAA